AUGGUCAUGGAUUAUGUCCAAUUUGGCGAUGUAGUUACAUUUGAUACUACCUACAAGUUAAAUGAAGAGCAUAGGCCAUUUGCAUCUUUUGUGGGAUUUAAUCACCAUAGAGAAACAGUUGUCUUUGGUGCUGCAUUGUUAUAUGAUGAGACUGCCGAAACAUUUGUAUGGUUAUUUCAAACUUUUUUAGAGGCUAUGUCCAAAAAGGCACCAAAAACUUUGUUUACCGAUCAAGAUGUUGCAAUGGCUAAGGCCAUACCCAUUGUCAUGCUUGACACGAGUCACCGUUUGUGCACUUGGCACUUGAUGCAAAAUGCAUUAAAGCAUGGUAAUUGUCUCUUUCAAGAUAAGGGGGUGAAAGGUGUAUUAAAUAGAUUCAUGUUUGAUAUUGAGGACGAAAAUGAAUGGGAAAUGAAGUGGGGGGAAAUACUUGAUACAUAUGAUGCUCAUGACAAUCAUUGGUUGAAGUUGAUUUUUGGGGUGAAGGAAAAAUGGGGCUGGCCAUAUGUUAGAUCAACAUGGGCUGCGGGAAUGAGUACAACACAACUUAGUGAAUCUUUUAAUGCAUUUUUGAAGGAUUACAUUCGUUCUGAUUUUAAUUUAAAUGAAUUCUUCAUGCAUUUUGAAAGGGUACUUUGUGAGAAACGGUACAAGGAGUUAGAAGUUGGAUAUGCUUUAUGCCAAAGGUUGCCAAGGGUGCGAGCGUCAUUCAUAAUGUUGAGUCAAAUGGGUAAUGUGUACACUAAAAAUAUUGUUGAGGAGUUUCAAGAUGAGUAUUUUCUUUCUGUUGAAUCAGACAUACUUGUCCGUCAACAGCUUCUCCUCUUGCUUGUUUGGUCCACCUCUUCAAUAAUGUAUUGUGAAGGAAUCUCUUUCAACUUCAAAUAUUUCUCUCAUAACCUUCAAAUAGUGACUGCAAACACCUUUCCUUUCAAACUUUGA